AUGGAUAAGGAAUUGUUUGAAAAGUUUCUUAUUGAAAGUCAUAACGAAGAAGUUAAAAGGGAGAAAGAAGCUCGUGAAGCUCGCGAAGCUAGUAAUUUAAGAAGGCAAAGAGAGAAUGAGAACCGUCAUGGUCAUGGAGGGAUAUUAAAUAAUCACAAUCGAUUACCUAACCAAGAGGAAUUACAACAAGAAUUACAAGAAGCUAUACGUGAUAUAAUAGAAGAGUUAGAGCUGGAAGGAGGGGGCCGUGUACGCCAUCGUCGAGGUCCAUUGGGAGGUCAUCUCCAUAAUAAUUUCCGUAUACAUACCAACAAUAACAAUAAUAAUCAUAACAAUAACAAUAAUACAAAUAUUAAUCGAGGUCAACACCCUAUUUUCCGUCAACGUCGGCCAUGGUUACGAACAUUAUUACGUAAUCUAUUGGUGAUUGAUUAUUUUUUAAUUCUAAUGAUUUUCCCCUUCAGUAUGUAUAACGUGUUGAGAAGUGGGUUCAGUUCCAUGACAUAUAGCGAUGAUGAUUUCAUUAGUGAAAUCAUGAAUUAUAUAAAGAUUGUCCAAGUGUUUAAUUCCAAAAAAGAGCUUAUGAUGAUCAUGAAGGAGAAGACCCUUUUGGGGAAAUUCCAUAACAUAGUCGUAUAUUACCUCCAACCUUCUAUUGAAACAGUUUUAAAACUGUUUAAUUGGAGUUCAAUGGCUCAAGACGAAAUUAUAAUGUUUGCCAAGAUUCUCAUAAAGAUAUUAACAGUGAACGCUUAUUUGCUAUACGGGCUAGGCGGCACAGCUUAUAUCUCCGGUGCAGGAUUCUUCUUCACAUUAUGUUUCAUGAUCAUUGCUAUUAAGAGGUACGAAAGCCUGCAUAAGAUCAUUGUGCACGAAGUUGGCCAUAGUGUGGCAUAG